GAACUUACUACAAACGAAUUCACUCUGCCUGCAUGUACACAUGGCAUGAAUAGCCAAAAUGAUAGGACACUCUUCUAUCUAGCUGCAGGCCUUGCUGCUGGGUCUCUACUGACUUAUUUGCUCCGUCAAAGCGCCGCUGGUGCUGCUACAAGUACUCUAGAUACACAAGCUACUGCUCCUGCAUCACCGCUCAUCGCCAAUGGACUUGACGAUGCUAUUGGCAAUACCCCGCUCAUCCGUAUCAAGUCACUGAGUGACGCCACAGGUUGUGAGAUUCUCGGCAAGGCAGAAUUUCUCAAUCCUGGUGGCUCUCCCAAAGACCGUGUUGCUCUGGCUAUCCUGAAACAAGGCGAAGCAGCAGGCUUGCUCGUACCAGGUCGUGGCGAUGUUGUGUAUGAAGGGACGGUCGGCAGUACUGGCAUUUCACUUGCUUGGCUGUGUCGAGCACGCGGGUAUACCGCACAUAUUGUCAUGCCUGAUGAUCAAGCUGCUGAAAAGGCAAGUCUAUUGCAAUCCCUCGGAGCGAUCGUUGAACGUGUUCGACCAGCUUCGAUUGUGGAUCGUGGGCAAUUCGUAAAUCGCGCACGAGCACUUGCUGCAGCGCAUUCAGCAGACCCUACAAGACCCGGUCAAGGCCUCUUUGCUGAUCAAUUUGAGACGGAAGCGAAUUGGCAAGCUCAUUAUGCUGGGACGGCUGUGGAAAUACUAGCUCAGACACAAGGCAAGAUGGAUGCUUUUGUGGCUGGUGCAGGCACAGGUGGCACCCUCACUGGUAUUGCAAGACGAUUGAAGCCUGCUAUUCCAGGGCUGCAAAUUGUGCUCGCAGAUCCACAGGGUAGUGGUCUCUUCAACAAGGUUCAGCAAGGUGUGCUUUUUGCAGACACUGAAAGAGAAGGGACGCGCAGACGAAGUCAGGUGGACACGGUUGUGGAAGGCAUUGGCUUGAAUAGGCUUACACGCAAUUUUGCAGCUGGUUUGCCACUCUUGGACCAGGCGAUUCGUGUGACGGAUAGGGAAGCGGUAGCCAUGUCGCAGUAUCUCAUGCAACACGAUGGCUUGUUUUUGGGGAGUUCAAGUGCCGUCAAUUGUGUGGCUGCUGUACGCAUGGCAGAGCAGAUGGGUCCCGGUCAUCGGAUAGUGACGAUUCUCUGUGAUCCUGGGACGCGACACUUGUCCAAGUUUCACAAUACUGCAUACCUGGCGUCGCAUGACUUGACUUCUGAAGCGUCACUACGGUUUGACGGUCGUAGAAUGGUAUUUCCUUGGUAGAAUAGUACCGUAGUGAGUGACCCUUUCGCAUGAUUCAGG